AACACAUGACAUGCCGUAUGUAUUUACUCCCUUUGUCUAAUUUUAUGGUUAUGUUUCAAUUUUUCGGUAAAAUCUAUGUACAUUAUACCCUCUCCAGAAUCAAUUUCAUUUCAUUGGGGGUAGAUUGGCUAAAUAUCAAUCUUUUUAAGCUGUUACAAACUGUUGUUGGUAUUGUAUAUGCGCCACAAUCUUGUUCUUACUCAUUAUAGUUUCACCAUUUAUAGUUUAUGCCCUCUCGCUUUAGUGCGCAACCCAGUAACCUUCUUCUGUCCCAAAUUCAGAAGUUCAUACCUAAAAAGUGGACAAGUGUCAGAGAAUCAGACAACCGAAAAAACUGUGGCCAAACCUUGCUGUGUAGCUCACAUGAAUGUAUUUCAGGGCCUUGUAAAGAAAGUAAUGAAUCAAUGGUGGAUUGCCUACUGACAACUUUGAAGGACUUUGCGGGCCAAGGCCACAUAUGCAAAGCCUUUAGAACCUUUUCUCUAAUUCGGACUCAUGUCUCCUCUCAAACCCCUUGUGAUCUUGUUAUACAGUCAUUAUCAUCUCUUUUAUUAAGUUGUACUAAUAGCAAAUCACUCUCUGAAGGGAAACAAAUUCAUGCAUGCAUUAUUAAUUUGGGCAUUGCACAUAGUUGGAAUUUGGUGCCGAGGAUAAUCACCUUUUAUACGACCUUUGGUUUACUUGAUGAUGCUCAUGUAAUUGCUGAAACUUCAAAUAUCUUGCACCCUCUCCCUUGGAAUCUCCUUAUUUCUUCUUAUGUUAAAAAGCGGCAAAACGAGGAGGCAUUCUCUGCCUAUAGGCAGAUGGUGAAUAGAGGUAUAAGACCCGAUGAUUUCACUUAUCCGUCUGUUCUUAAGGCCUGUGGUGAGCAAAUAAAUCUUGCUUUUGGCCGUGAUAUUCACAAGUCUAUAGAUGCUAGUUUCUUAGAGGGUAACUUGUUUGUCCAGAAUGCUUUAGUUUCUAUGUAUGCAAAGUGUGGGGAAGUGGAUGUUGCACAUGAUAUAUUUGAAAGGAUGCCAGUUAAGGAUGCAGUUUCUUGGAAUUCAAUGAUCUCUGGUUAUGCUUCCAAAGGUAUGUGGGGUAAAGCUUUUGAGAUUUUUGAUAGAAUGAGGGCUACUGAUGCUGAAUUCGAUAUUAUUACUUGGAACACCAUAGCUGGAGGUUGCUUGAAGACAGGUAACUUUAUUGGGGCUCUUAAAUUGUUAUCUCAAAUGAGAACUUGUGGAAUUCAGCUAGAACCUGUGGCAACACUUAUUGGCUUGGGUGCAUGUUCCCACACUGGUUUGUUAGAAAUUGGAAAACAAAUUCAUGGUUUAGUGAUCCGAAGUCACCUUGAUGAUUUUGAUAAUGUAAGAAAUGCUUUAAUCAAUAUGUAUGCCAGAUGCAAGGCACUCAAGCAGGCGCAUAUUUUGUUUCAGUUUGUUGACUCUAAAACUGUAAUUACCUGGAAUACAAUCAUAUCUGGCUUUGCACAUUGGGACAGGUCUGAGGAAACUUCCUUUCUUUUCCGAGAAAUGCUGCUUUCUGGUGUUGAGCCGAAUUAUAUCACUAUAGCAGGCAUUCUCCCCCUGUGUGCUAGGGUGGCAAAUUUACAACAUGGUAAAGAAUUUCACUGCUAUCUUACAAGACGUGAAGGGUUUGAGGAAUAUUUGCUCUUGUGGAAUUCGCUUGUGGAUAUGUAUGCAAGAUCUGGAAAGGUAUUAGCAGCCAGAAAGUUAUUUAAUUUGAUGAGCAAGAAAGAUGCAGUUACUUACACUUCGCUGAUAGCAGGAUAUGGUAUUCAAGGUGAAGGAAGAGAAGCAAUUGAACUAUUUAAUGAGAUGAUAAGGCUCCAUAUAAAACCAGACCAUGUGACCAUGGUUGCUGCUUUGUCAGCCUGUAGUCAUUCAGGCCUUGUGAUGCAGGGCCAGAAACUAUUUGAACAGAUGCAAAGUACUUAUGGUAUAAAUCCUCAUUUGCAGCACUUCUCUUGCAUGGUUGACCUCUUUGGUAGGGCUGGUUUACUGAAAAAGGCAAAGGAAAUCAUUAUAAAGAUGCCUUUUGAGCCGACACCUGAAAUGUGGGCAACUCUCCUUGGAGCAUGUAGGAUUCAUAGGAAUACUGAGAUAGGAGAGUGGGCAGCCGAGAAACUGCUGGAGCUGAGGCCUGAUAAGCCUGGAUACUAUGUGUUGAUUGCUAAUAUGUAUGCAGAUGCUGGGUGUUGGAACAAACUGGCAGAAGUGAGGACCGUCAUGCGAGAUUUUGGUGUAAGAAAGUCUCCAGGAUGUGCUUGGGUUGAUACUGGUUCUGGCUUUUCUCCAUUUUUGGUUUCAGAUACCUCCAGUGGCCAAACAAAUGAAAUUUAUUGUCUACUGGGAGGACUGAAUAGGCUAAUGAAAGACACUGGUCAUUUGACUACAGAGGAUUCGUCUUCCGAAGAAGAACUUUGUGAAGGACUUCUUUUGUAGUAAAGAAAGGUUGCAGCCUUGCAGGUUUUGGAGAGUAAGGGAACACUUAUAGAAUCUAUAUCAGUCUUCAAGAAGCAAGCAAUGGACGAAAAUCUGGCAUUUGAAAUGCUGGAAAACAACUUGAAGUUAAUCUGAGAUCAUUGUUUGUCAGAUGGUUCUUCAAGCUGACCAUGUUUUGCGGCAAUGAAUAUAAUGUAGCUAUGGAGAAAUGGUUUGAAGUCCUGCACGAAGAGAUAGAAGCUGCAGAUUUGGCAAAUGUGGAGGUGGAGGCAUUGUUAGAGAUUCCGAGGAACAUCUAGUAAUGGCUUAUUCACUUGUCCUACGCCAAGACACCGACAACUGAGCAGAAGCUGUUGCUCUUCUUUAUGGACUCACAUGGUGCACAGAAAGAGAACAUACAAGAUUGAUAGCUGAGAGUGACCUCCAAAAUGUUAGUUGAUUGUAUCAAAGGGACUAAUCAAACUCCAUGGCGGAUGCUUAAUGAAGUAAGCAGGAUCAAAGAUAUGCUCAAUCAACAUCAAAUCAACAUUCAACAAUGCUUUAGAGAAGCUAAUCAAGUAGCAGACAGAUUACCUUGAUAUGAAUGUCGAGAUACUCUUUUUAUCAAUUUUACCAUAUCGUCGAGUCUUUUUAACGUGUCAUUUUAGGUACAAGAUAUGGAUUCGGUUAAAUGUAUUCGAAUUUUGAUGUAUAUGAAUUAAAUAGGUUUAUAAUUUUUU